UCAGUGUGUCUUUUCAUCAGUUCGAAGAGCAUCACAUGUCGCUUAAUUCAUCAGGCAACAUCCCCACAUUCGUGAAAAAAAUGCAGGGAUAUUUUUUUGUUGUGUUUCUCAUUGGUCUGUGUAACGGAUACAGCAGUGGGAUCGAGGAAGACAUAUUGGGUUUACCGGUCUUAGAUUAUGACGAUCCACGAAAUUAUGAUCCCAUCUGGGAAGCGCAAAAUAACAUAUGGCGACAAGAAAAAGUUCAAGAGCAAAAACCAGAGUGGGAUGUAAUUUUCAAGAAGUUAUGCGAAAACAAUGAUUUUACUUUGGGAGAUAAACCAAUAAACUGCGAAAACAUCAAAAUAAAGCCCAAAGUAUACAAAUCUGAUAUCAAGAAACGAGACGUAUCUGACGUUUUAGAGGAAGGUUCAGGAGACGAUGCUCCUGUGGACCACCAAAUCGAAGAAAAUAAGGAAUACGAACAGUCAGUUCCCGUGGUAUCUUCGCCAGUAGAACAAGCAAAAAAAGAAUCAGAACCGGUGCAUUCAGAAUCUGCAAACUCAGUACCAGAGAAAUUGAUUACCAUUCCAAUAGAAUCAAUACCUCCAGACUCCGUUACUCCAGCUGAAUCAACCCCUCUAGAAGCAAUACCAGUGAAAGUUCCGGUAGAGGCAGUCCCUCCGGUAGAAGCACCACCUCAUGUAGAAACAGUACCUCAGGUGAAAGCAGUACUUGGAGCAAAAGCCGAGCCGAUAGCUCCGUUAGAGACAGUAUCAGUGGACACAGCACCAAUAUACGUAGACACAACUGCUUCAAACAAAGCACUAACAGAAGCAUCACUUACUGUAUCAACUGCAGUAGCUCCAAUAGACCUUAACCCAGCAAAAACCAAUACCAUAGACCUUGAAUCUCCUGUUACAUCUGUCAAAGUGGCGCCGAUAGUAUCAGUUAUAACAGAAUCAGUCUUGAAAUCUGCAAUACCAGAUGACAAGUCGAAAUCUGCACCAGAAGCAACAGAGGCAAAAGCCAAAGAAGAGGAAAAACCAGAAAGCAGUGACAAAGGUUCUGGGUUACUUGAAAAUGAACACAUUGAGAAUAAAAAGAAAUUGGACGUCAAUGAAAAACGACUAUCUCAAGAAGAAAUCAACGAUAAACAAAGUGGUGUCGCAGUUUAUAACAUUGACAGUGAUUUGCGUGAAACAGAAGAUAAAUUGAACACAUUGAAGACAAACGAAAAUAUUAAAACGGCAUCAAUUGGUGGAAUUGGAGAAUCGAGCGAACGGAAUACCGGUAGGAACGAUAACAAAAUUCUCGUAACUCUGUUCGUUGCUGUACUUGCUGUUGGCGUAGCAGCUUUUUCUUACCACUACAUCAAGAAAAAGAAACGUACCAACAAUACAUCUUCACGGAAUGGAGUUGUCAAGUGCGAUGUAGAAGAAGGGACGGAAAUGAAACCACUAAUGAAGGUUCCAGAAGAAAGUUCAAAAGUCGAAAUUAAAAAUGAGAAAGAAGAAAAUGUCACUGCAUAAACUAUUAAAUCUAACAAAAACACAAGUAAACAAAAAAAUUAGUAUUAAACUGCUCAAUAACAACCUGAACAAACAAUGAUUACCAGUGAGUACUCUUGACAAGUGUAAAAAUCUUGUUAGCAAGAGUUCUAAUAGUUCAGAGAGAAGUGCUUAUUAGACUACUUUUUAUUCUUUCAUUCAGAACUUUUUAACUGGGUCAUUAUAUAAUUAAGAUUCAAAUAAAUAUUUAGAAUAGAGAUGUGAACUGUAUAAAAAGAUUAGCUAUAAGAAUUUUUGUAAGAUAUUUCAGUAAAAUCAUAUCAUGUUCGUGCACUUGUUAAAAUUAUAAAGUUAUUAUAAUGUUUCGUAAUAA